AUGUUCAGUUUACUUUUUAGAACAGUAUUCCCAAUCCAUAGGCAGCUGGGUGAUUCAUGCUUGUACAAAUCCUCAAUGGGUAUUUUUCUUCGCAAUUUAUCUGCUUCUUCUAUGAUUGAACCGGAAAAAGCUGAACGGUUUCGCGCCGUUUUGGAAAAUUAUGAAUUUAGUGAUACCCAAAUUUCCAGGCUUGCCGAGGUAAUCCCAAAUAUCUUCUCGUGCGAUCCCCAGAACAUUAUUUUGCCGAAACUCAAAUUCUUUUCAUCUAUAGGGGUCUUGAGUUCUGACCUGCCAAAAGUUAUUAUGUGUAAUCCUGCAUUGUUGUCAGGAAGCAUUGAAAAACAGUUUAUCCCAUGUUAUAAUUUUCUCAAGACAUUAGUGGAUUCUGAUGAAGAUAUUGUUCGGAUUUUAAAGCGCAGUCCUAGAAUUUUAUCUUGCAAUUUGAAAGUAAUGGAGCCCAAUGUAGAGCUAUUGGGCGAAGCAGGGGUACCAGAGAGCUUUAUCUCAUACAUGUUAACUCACUACCCUCAUUCAGUGCAAACGAAAUGUGACAAGUUUAAGAGGAAUGUGGACAAAGCAAUGCAGAUGGGAUUUGACCCCUCGAGGAUGUUGUUUAUUCGGGCAGUUCAUGUGUUGUGUGAGAUUAGCGAGCAGGCGUGGGAGAAUAGAAUCAAGGUUUAUAGGAGUUUUGGCUUGUCAGAUACUGAGAUUGUAUCAGCCUUCAGAUCACACCCUCUGUGUAUGAAGUUGUCCGAGGAAAAAAUCACGAGGGGAAUGGAGUUUUAUGUAAACGAGAUGAGCUGGUCUCCUGCCAAAGUUGCUCGAUGCCCAGUUGCCCUCUUUUACAAUUUGGAGAGGAGGAUCAUCCCACGGUGUCGUGUGAUCAAGAUUUUGAUCGAGAAGGGUUUUGUGAAGGAAUAUUCUACUUCAAUUUCCUUUUUGUCAAUCUCUGAUCCACAAUUCUUGACUAAGUUUGUGCUCAACUAUAAGAAUGAUUUGCCUGAAAUUAUGGAUGUCAUCACGCUUGACAGGUCUCGUAGAAUCAUAGUUGGUACUUGCUUGAAAUAA